AUGGACUCAGAUCGGAAUGUCGACAUAACCGAGGUCGACACUUGUCGUAUUUGCAGUGCACCAGCAGAGGAAGAUCAGCCACUCUUCUAUCCUUGCAAGUGCUCAGGCACGAUUCGCUAUAUUCACCAAGAUUGCUUGACCACAUGGCUAGCUCACAGUAAGAAACGCUCGUGUGAUGUGUGCAAAUAUGAAUAUGGCUUCACUAAAGUAUACAAGAAUGAUAUGCCCGACCGGCUCCCAGCCGAGCUAUUCCUAAGAAAGCUAUCUCUUCAAAUGGCCAAAGUUCUCAUUACGUCGCUGCGACUUGUCAUGAUAUCCGUAAUAUGGCUCGCCAUAUUGCCCUAUUUGACGCUAUGGGUCUGGAGGUUUUAUUUUUGGACCGGUGAAGCAUUGGCCCACUGGGUGGUUGGGCGAGAACUACCUGAUAAAACGCCCCCUCCACCAGCACAUCCUUCGUCGUCGGCCAAUGAUACACAGACUCCUCUCCCUUCACGGCCUCUUUGGGCUACCUUUUUGCCUCAUGACCUCGGGGCCGAUAUUUUCAAAGGACAGAUCAUUACCAUUGCAGUUGUCAUCGUUUUUCUCACUAUCUUCCUUCUUCGAGAAUGGAUCAUUCAGAAUGCGCGCCCCGGAGUUUUUGGAGACGAAGAGCCUGAUGUUGUGGCGGCGGCUCCGGAUCUUAUUCCUCCACAGGAGGCAGUGGCGGGAGUUGGAGCACCCAUCCAAGAACAGCACAUGGCCCUCCAGGAUGCUCUUCGAGCUGCAGAAAUACUCGCUCGACAAGAGUUAGAGGCAGAAGAAUUGCGAAAUCCUCCCGACGAGGAUCUACAUCUGCGUGAGGCACUGCCUGAUAUUCUAAGCUCGUCUGAAGAGGAUCCAGAAGAAAAUGAUUCUGUAAGCAUAGUCAGCCACCCAGAUAUAAUAUCAAUGUCCAGUGGUUUUGGAGCGGAGGAAGGCCAACUUGAAGAGACAGCGGUCCCAGCCCUUGGAAUUGACGACACUCUGUCUGAGAGUUUGGUGGCUACCCGGCGCGUGGAACGAGAACCUUCUGCUGGGGAUCUAGAUCCGAUUCCCUCUUCAACAAGGACCAACGGAUCAAGUGACACCAUAUUUGGAGCAUCCACAAGGCUCGGGGAGACUGGCUCCGAGUCGCUUGCUUAUUCGAUUGAAUCAUCACUCGAUGGAAGUCGGCCAGUUGCCAGCUUAGGAGAGUUUCACUUUACAUUACCUGCACCACAUCCCGCAUCCCCUCAGGAUAGCCCACUCAAUAUCCCCCUUCCUGAUUCUCCGAUGGAGGCUCGCCCCGAUCCUUUCAGGACGUUUUCCACAGACUCUGCAUCAACUGCUUCGACAUCUGUAACUCGAGCUCCACGAGCCAUUAAGCCAUUACCAGCAGGGCCGUCAAAACGAAUGACUUCCUCUACUCCCGCAUUCAAGGGCACCAAGGAAUUCGACGACUUCAGAUUUAGCUUUUCUUCUACCCCACCUACCCUCUCCCAAAGCAGCUCUCGCCCUUCCUCCAGGCCACCCUUACCACCUAGCACGCCUGGCCUCGACGAACCAGUUCCAGCGACCGAUUCACCACAUGUUGCUCUCUAUCGACCUCCUGAGGAUAUGACCUCUGAACCGGGUUACUUUGACGACCGUUUGCCUUUGGCCUCGUCGGGGUUGGCCACAGAAGUAGCUUACAUGGAGAGACUGGGAAUGGAGCAAAAUGAAGACGAGAUGCCACACAGACCAUUGACAUCAGGGGAGCCGGACGAAGAGAUGCCCGCUCUCGUAGCGUACGAUGAUGUACCAGAGAGGCUGGUUGAGGACGUCCCACAGCCGAUGGUUGAGGCGGCUGAAGAUCAAGCAGCGCGACAACGAGUAUUGGCAGAGUUGGAGCAAAGGGUUGCACAGAUACCUCGUGCCCCUCCUGUUGAGGAGGAAGAUGAAGAAGAUGCCCAGGAUGUAGAGCCUAUGGGUGACGAUGAUAUGGACGGAGCCUUGGAAGCGAUUGGAAUGCGUGGACCUAUAACGACCGUGUUCCAGAACGUUUUCCUGAUGAUUUUUAUUAUCGAUCUUGCUAUUGCAGUUGGGAUUUGGGUGCCUUUUACAAUGGGGAAGACGACUGCGCUUUUAUUCUUACAGCCAGCAGACAUACUCGUGCUCAUUCGAUUUCCGAUUUUAGCUGUGCGCAUAAUGACAGAUCCUAUAGUGGAUGGAUUAUUGUUCCUUGUCAACCUCCUCCUUCGUCCAUUAAAGUGGGCGAUCACACGCAUACUUCCGUUUACGCUUUCAGUUCCCAAGCCACCGGCUGCAGUAUCUCCGACCCCUCAAACAGUCUUGAAUCUUACUGCGAUACAAAACACAGCAUACCGCUAUUGGGACAGGCUUCUCGCACAUUCUCGUGCAGCUGCAGAUCCCUCAGUCCCCCAGCCUUCUCCAACAAAUGUGGUCGAACGUAUCGUAUUCCAUCUCCCUGCACCUUCCAUGCAAUCUCUGGAACAAGCAGAGUCGCGAUUUGCUGCACUUGGCCGAACCGUGCGAUUAUUUUCACAUGCCUUUGCUCGGAGAUGGCAGCAACUGGCGACCGCGGAUGGGACCUCUGAACGUGCGUUCGCAAUAUGCUUAGGAUAUAUAGUUCUCUGCAUGAUUAUGGGCAUUUAUUUGGGCGCACUCAAUGCGGGGGCCGUUCGAGGGGCUGCUCGAGCCCUGCGAAAUGCGGUGAAGCAGCAGCUGAUAGUCGUAAAGGUUGCGCUCUUUAUCGGCCUUGAAUUACUGGUCUUCCCAACUGGGUGCGGGGUCGUCUUAGAUAUCGCGACGCUGCCGCUGUUCGAGUCGGCCACGUUGGCGGGCAGGAUCGCGUUCUACGACUCUGCCCCACUGACCGCGUUCUUUUGCCAUUGGCUACUGGGUACGAUAUUUAUGUAUCAAUUUGCGCUUACGUUGGGGGCAUGUCGGGCGGUGAUGCGGCCCGGAGCUAUGUGGUUCAUCAAGGAUCCGCAAGAUGCAUCUUUCUCACCCAUACGCGAUAUCCUCGAUAAACGUGUGUUAACGCAACUCCGAAAACUCGCGGUAAGCGCGGUGAUGUACACCGUCGUGAUCGUGGUCGCGGUCGGUAGCGUCGUAUAUACCAUCCGCUAUGCAUACAUCUUCUCCGGUAUUCUGCCGCUACGGGGAAAUAUGCGGGAGCCCCUUUCGGAGAUUCCCGUCGACUUGCUGUUCCUCCACUUGGUCAUGCCCCCAACGGUCAAGCGCCUAACAAUUGGGAGCUGGAUGAAGGCGCGACUAGAAGUAUGGUGGAAAUUUAUGGCGCGGCAGCUCAGGUUAUCAUCGUUCAUGUUCAAUCAGCUACAUGCAGAUGAACUCCAACGCGAAUCGAGGGGUCUACGACCGAUGAAUGGGCCCGCUGAAACCUGGACGAUUCCUUCAGAUGAGCACCUCUAUGGCAGAUGGCUACGCGUUCCCAAGAGCGAUAACAUUGCUUUCUUGCGUGACCAACCUGUACUGAUUGAAGUCAAUCAUGCGGGGCAGGCCGUACGACCACGCGGAGAAGAAGUCAUGGCUCAACAAGACGAAGAGACUCGUCGCGCAGGACGCACACCCGAGCAAGACUACAUCAUUGUUCACGUUCCACCCUACUUUGGGCUUCGCUGCUUGGCACUGGUCAUGUUGCUUUGGAUUACAGCAGCGUGGAUCACCGUUACAGGAACCGUUGGACCCAUCCUGCUAGGACGCUGGUUACUAUCUACAAUUGCUCAUAAAUCCAACGUGCAUGACGGUUACUCACUUGUCGUAGGCUGGUAUGUCCUCUGGGGUCUUUGGCGAGCCUAUCGCUCCCAAGUCCGUUCCUGGGCCUCAGCUCUGGUCUGGGUAGCCAAUGUCCUCUGCAUUGGGAUUGGCAUGGGGGUCGUAAUGCCCAUCCUCGUGGCUGUGACGCUCCAGAUGUAUGUUGUCCUACCGCUACGUCUGUGGUGGAACCCCGAAACAGUGCCCGUGCUUCGAAUCGCCGAGGACUGGGCGCUCGGACUCGUAUUGAUGAAAAUUGGAUGGCAAACCUGGAGAUUAAGGGCCCGUGUACCCGCUCAGGCACCAGUUGGUGAAGUAGCCAGGGUUGAAGACGGUGGCGACGAACCAGACGAAGCGGAUCGACGGAUGGAAGAUCUUGGUAGAGCCAUGGAGCAGAUUAUUCGUGCAGGUCUGACGAACCCAGACGCGGUCGCCGCAAUUCGAACAUUUGUUGCACCUGUUUGCGGCGGAUUGGUGCUUGUGAUCGGGGCACCUGGAGCAAUUGUGUGGGCGUUGGGGAGAAUGUAUGGUGCACCCGUGGGUGGUGAUGACGUGUUGCUAUCUCUCGUUUACCCCGGGAUUUUCUGCGGGACAGCGGCGGUGGGGCUCUGGAAGGCUGGUAGCCGGGCGGCCAAAAAGUGGCUACAAGGCGUGCGGGACGAUGAGUUCCUGGUUGAGAUGCGGUUGAAAAAUCUCGAGCCCCAGGUGGCAAAGCAGUAG